AUGGCCCCGAGCAACGAUGGAGCCCAAUCGGGCUUUGAUCGCUUUUCGAAGUCCCGAUCUUCAAACCAAGACACAAGAGAGCCUCUGCUUCCCACCACAACUAGAAGAUGUGAUAGGGGAGGCGCGGUGGUCAAUGGUGGUGACCCUGAAGCGCAAAAUUGGGGCCGCUACCAGACAUUUCCCACCUGCUCGCGUAAUGCAAACGAUUCCGGGAGCGAGACUCAGUCAACGUCAUGCUCCAAAAUAAAUCCCCGAAUAAUAUCGGAUGCUAUAUUGGGCCUCUCGGAUGGCCUUACGGUGCCCUUCGCGCUGAGUGCGGGCUUGUCAGCUUUCGGCAACACCAAAGUCGUCGUCUUGGGCAGUCUGGCAGAGCUUGUUGCUGGCGCCAUUUCGAUGGGCCUGGGCGGCUAUGUGGGUGCCAAAACCGAAAUAGAGUCAUACGAAACAGCCAAACGCGAAGUACAAGAGCUUAUCUCGGCGUGCCCGUGCGAGACAACGACGAUGGUUAGAGAAGUGUUUGCGCCCUACAGUCUUCCCGAUCAUCCCGUUUCAGAGAUGAGUUCAACAUUGCACAGCUCCCCCAAACAGCUGAUGGAAUUCCUCUUGGCAUUUCACCACAAGCAACCUGAACCAGAUGCCAACCAAGCUCUUGUUUCCGCCAUCACACUUGCUCUGGGGUACUUCAUUGGAGGAUUCAUUCCGCUUAUUCCUUACAUUCUCAGCCACCAAGUCUUGACCGCGUUGAAAUAUAGCGCCGGCGUAAUGGCAGUUACACUGUUAGUGUUUGGCUAUCUCAAAACAUGCAUUGUGCGAGGCUGGAGCGGCAGAGAGAACAUCAUAGCCGGUCUCAAGGGCGGCGUUCAGAUGGUUAUGGUAGGAGGAGCAGCCGCCGGGGCAGCUGUCUUCUUGGUUCGGAUGAUUGAUAAUGGCAAAUUGUAA